GCGUUUCACUCACUCGGCAGCUUUCUCCGGUGCAGCACGAAUCAAUGAUAAACUUGAAGUUGUUUCUUCGGCGCUUUUAAUCUCAGCGUCGCAAACGGCUGCGAAUCUCUUCUCCGCUUGGCUCCCAGCUUCCGAUGAGAGUGCUCAGACGGAGAACGAUUUGGAACGAGAAGUCAUCGGUGGGAACGGGUGGGGAACCGCGGCGAGCAUUUCGAGAGCCGCCAUUCGGGUCCUGCAUUGAAUACAAUCAUCAGAUCCUAGGGCGGGUCUGGUUGUGUUGUGUUUGUCUCAAUCCUGAUGUUGUUGCGGUGAAUUCGUAAUUCGUCCUCUGUCAUAUGUUUAGGGUUGGGUGAGGAGUGCGGUGCAAUUUCAAUGGGUGAAAUGCAGCUUCGGCUUUUAGACACGUAUCGUUCAAGCUUAGAACGGCUGUGAGAUGCGGAGGAAUGCGUAUGCCAGGCUUACAACUUGGGUCACUGCAAGCUCAGAGGCGAUUGGGGUGUAUCGUGUUGUUUGCAUUUGAAUUGGGAGCUCGAACGCCGAGAGCAAUCGGAUCGAGCGAGCGAGAGAGGGAGGAAAGUCUAAAGGUUUUCGUUUGAGAUGCUAAUAUUAGUCACAGGCGAGAAGUUGCAAGGAUUCGAGGGCAGCAGUUGAUUAUAACUUCUUGUUGAAGACAGAAACAAUUUUACAGAGGCGGGAGGGACACUGUUCUAGUGCAGCCAUUUAGCCAUUCGCAACCUUGGCUCUACGCGCCGUGAAGCUUAUGCCGAGGAGAGGUCGUCCUUAUGUUGUUGAGUGUAUACUCGCUUCGAAUGUGGGUUGCAAUCUGUGCGUUUGGAUCGAUACUCUCUACGUCAAGGGGGGAGACCAGUCCUGGCAGGCUGUAGCAUCUGUAAAUAAACCUGCGAGCCUUGCUGAAAUUCGUGUGGGGCUGAGAGCGUAAGCAAGUCAGAUCUCUUGUUUGAUUAUCUUCGUCUACAUCAUAUCUAUCAACACAAUUCUGAAAAGAUGCUUGAUGCAAGUGCACCAAUGGACUAUGGUGAUGAGAUAGAUUUAAGUCAGCAGCUCAGCCAAGUGUGUCUGCAAUCACCUCUGCUUCUCAGCCAUAGCGAGGAGGAGUCGGCAGACAAAUUUGACGUGGGGACUGUAAACCUGGCUGACCCGGAGAACCCCUCCCUGGAUUUCCUCUGCACACCAGAUUUCAUCACUCCCGUGGAACAACAAUUCUCUACCAAUUUGGAUAAUAAGGAAAACUCCACUGGUUUACGCUCGCCGCGUGCGUUGACACCAGUGCGAAACAAAAGGCUCAAACAUGAUACUGUUCAUACAAAACCAAGUUGGCGGGAUGAGAACAUGCGGAGGCAAUCUCCAGUGUCUAUUCAGAAUCCCUUCUUGUUAGAGGAUACAAACUUGCCACAGAAGAUGAUUACAUCAGCCAAAAUAACAGAAGAUGAAUGGGAGCAAACAUUUAUUUCUAUAUAUCGACACGAUUUUCAUGAGAUUCGGGAGAUUGGGCAUGGUAACUUCAGUCGUGUGUUUAAAGUUUUAAAAAGAAUCGAUGGUUGCAUGUAUGCUAUAAAACGGUCUCGACAUUCACUGCGAUCGACCGUUGAGAGAAGACAAGCUCUGACAGAGGUGCAAGCUCUUGCAGCUGUAGGGUUUCAUGAGAACGUGGUCAGAUAUUACACAGCUUGGUUUGAGGAUGAGUAUUGCUACAUUCAAACGGAGCUUUGCGAAUCCAACCUAACGCAGCUUCGAGAUGCCGACCCUAAUGUUUCUAAGGAAACCUCAUUACUAGAGAUCAUGCGACAGAUGGCAAGUGCGCUAUCUGCCAUUCACUCGAAGGGAUUAGUCCACUUGGAUGUUAAACCGGAUAACAUAUACGUACUAAAUGGUGUCUACAAGCUUGGAGACUUUGGACGUGCAGUUCGAGCAGAUGGAAGUAUGGAAAUUGAGGAGGGGGAUGCGAGAUAUAUGCCUUUGGAAAUUCUGAAUGACGACCACAGUCAACUCACUAAGGUUGACAUGUUUUCACUUGGCGCAACUAUUUAUGAACUGGCAAGGGGUUUACCCCUUCCCACUUCUGGGGCACAGUUCCAAAGCUUGAGGGAAGGGAAGCUGAGUCUGCUACCCGGGUACUCCUUAACACUUCAAAACAUAUUCAAGGCUCUUUUGAAUCCGGACGCCAGCGCAAGACCAUCAGCAGCCGAGCUCUUGAAUCAUUCUGUUUUUCAUCGUGGCCUUGCUCGGGUCUCUUCUUUGGACGCACUGGAGGUUACUGAGAAGUCCUUGUAAAAUUCUGCUGCUUGUAAAUUGCGGAAACGAGUUACUGGCUACUAUCUUUAGCCCUUCAACUGUGCAGCUUUGUCGAUAGAAACUGAUUCAAAUUCAGCAGUUAGUUAAUUUUUUGGGUCUUGCACAUUAGCGCAAUAGGUUGACCUUGUUACAUAGAACUUAAUAUCGUAGGACUUUGGAGCCAAGGGUAAUCAAGGUCUCCAUCAUGCAAGUGUGUACACAGCGAGGUGCACCUCACGACACCUCUUGUGUUGGACUUCAUAUUCGUAAUUUCUGGAAAAUCAUGGCUGCUCAAGAAGAUAUUUUUCUUUCCUCUUUUUCUUA